AUGGGCAUCCCACCAGAAUACGAGGCUUUCUACAAUGAUCCCGCGUUCUUCCUUGGAAAACUCUGCGGGAACUCUCUCGACUACCUGAUCUACGUCUACAUCCCCAUCAUCAUAGCGAUGAUCCUGAUCCUCGGAAUCGCAUUCCUGACCUUUAUCAAACUUUCAUCGAUCCUCCAAUGGGAUUUGGGUUUUACUAAGAAGGAGAAGACCAGUGUUGCGAUUUCUUCGAGGUCGGCGUCAGGCUUGAUCAACACCUCAGAGCUGAAGAAGAGGCUUGAGAUUGAGCUCGAACUUCUUGGGGAGAUGGUCGCAGCGAGGGAGGAGAGAUUGGAGGCUUUGAAGGACGUGAAUGAUGAUGGCUCGUUUUUGGAGGUGGAGAAUGUGGACUCGGAGUAG